GUGGAGCGUGAGCGGGAAGGACCGCGCUCACUUGUUGUUUCUCUUCGGCUUCUCUUGCAGGCGGGCGGGAGACAGCCUCAGCCACCCUUGCUGCCUCGCUCAAGGCAGGCAGCAAUGCCGGCCGCUGCACCCUGGCGUGCGGCAGUAUCUUCUAAUGCCCCCAAGCUGCUGCCCUCUCUGCAAGCAGCAGCCUCUUUCGCACCUUCUCCAAGAGGAAGAGCACAUGCUGUGGGUGUUAGUGGCAGGAGACUCCCAGAGAUUGCCCCAAGACGUCAGGGAACCUUGCAUGUCCAGGACAGAACAGCAAGAGCUGAGAGCCGGGGUCCAGCUCUGGAAGUCUCCUCAACUAUUCUUGUGCCUUCGCAUGCCAGACCCAGGCAAAACUUCGUGGUGUCCCUGAGCUGUGCUGCAGCUGGAAGCCCACGAGUUGGAGUGCAGCUGACCGUACCAGGGUGCCACGCACCCACCAACAGCCUGAGAACACCAGCCAGAAUGGCUGCCAAGGCUGGUAAGAUCCACACAGCUCAGGAGGGCACCAGAGACACUCGUGCGGCUGCUACACCAUGUUCCAGAUCAGCUCAGAAGGGCCCAGAAGGGCAGGCAGGCAGCAAAGAGCGAGACAAGGAGCAUCUGCCCACAUUAGUGCCUGAAGAUCCAGGCAACUUAGAUUCUUCCAAGGCUGCACACUCUCCAGAGGAGGCCAAUAAUACAGUGCUCUUCCCAAGAGUGUGUGAGGGGGGAGAAAGGGAAGUAACUGCUACCACCGUGCCUGAAGUCUCCAAACAAGCUCUGGGAGCAGCACUGAGACUGCAGGAUCCCGAAGGGAUCAACCGGGAGGUCUAUGGGUGUUCUCCAGUACACCCAGCAAUCCAGAGAAUUUCUGAUGAGGCGAGGAAGGAGCAGAUAUUGUCCAGCUGGAACAUCUCCUGGCCAAACAACGUGAGCAUGCUCAGGCUGCUAAGACCCCAAGCAGCGUGUGUCAGUGCCAGUGCUACUGACACAGCUCAGGGCAUGCUGGACAUCUGCACCACGACAUCGAGGGUGGAGGGCCCCUUUCCUGCCCCGGGAGAGUUCCAAAACUGGGAUGUGGCAGUGCAGGAUAAUCAGCAAGAUUUGGAAGAGAUUGCUGAGACAGAAACUGCAGGACAGUCAUCUGGUGACCUGCAGAGUGCACGUCUUGCCUUGUCUGCUGUGGCAGAACAAGUUCAUUCAGCUUCUCUUCUGGGCGCAGGUCCUGAGCCUGCAGGAUACCUUGGGCGUUUGCCCGCAUUAGUUCCUGAGGACACAGAAAACUCAGGCUGUUCCAUGGCAGCGCACUCUCUGGAGGUGGCCAGUGAAGCACCCUUCUUCCUGUCAUUGUGCGAGGGAGAAGAAAAAGAAGAACCAGCUAUGGCCAUGCCUGAGUCCUCCGGGCAAGCUCUGGGAGAACCAUCAAGACUGCAAGAUCCCAGAGAGAUCUACUGGAAGGCCUAUGGAUGUCCUCCAGUUCACCCAGCAAUCCGCAGAAUCCGUGAUGAGGCAAGGAGGGAGCAGAUGUUGAGGAUGCAGAGGAACAUCUCUGAGCCAUACAGUGUGAGCUUGCCCAGGCUUCUCGUGCCCCAAGCAGCACAUGACAGUGCCAGUGCUGCCAACACUACUUGGGGCAUGCCGGCCAUCUGUGCCACGACAUCGAGGGUGGACGCCACAAGACGCCACUUUCCUGCAUCUUGUGACUCCCAAAAUCGGGAUAUUAGAAUUAAACAUGCACAGGAAGAGACCACCGACAACGCUGCCAGUGAUGCCAGCACUGCAGUGAUGGCUGAGAGCAUGCCCACCCCCUCCUGUUUUUGCCCUGAUAUCGUGGAGGGUGUGGAAGAAGAAUGGGAAGAUAAUUGCGAGGAAGAUGCUGCUGAGGCAGCCAGUGUGCCACCAAGCAUUUCUGGUUCCUCAUCUGGUGAGGUGAAGACCACGCCUUCAGCUUCCCCUGUGGCUGCAGAACCCAGACCCGAGGGACAUUCAUCUGCAUGCAAAGGAGCAGAAACUACAGGCAAUCAGCACAAGGUUUCUGCAGAGGGCAGAGGAGAUGCACAGAGCUCCGGCUGCUUCAGAGAUGCACCAGAGGAUGGCCCUGGUACCGCUGCUGCACCACACGCAGCAGCUCGCCACCAGGUGCCGACUGUCAUCAGGAAUGCACUUCGGGCUCUGAGCAGGAUUUUCACCUGCAGCUGCAUCAGGGGACAGCGAGAGGAGAGGCACGAGGCUGCAAACACCAGGCAGCUCCCCAGAGAUGUCUGAUUCCAUCCUGUCCAUUGGGAAUUCUGAUUAAAUUGUCUUAACUCUCCUGGCUAAGUGCUGUCUGAUCUGAGCGCUCGUGCGUGUUUGGACUCUGAGUGCAGCUACUGGGGUCAGAGCACAGGGUGGAGGAUCCCUGUGUCAGUGGAGCCAGCAAGUGCAGAGAGUGUGGGCGUGCAAGGCCAGUGAAGAGUGAGCCGGCUGAGCCAGUGUGUGUGUGUGUGUGAGAUCCCCUGCGGUGAAGUGGCUGAGAAAGACUAUCCCCAGCCCGACACAGGGCUGCCACGCGUGCAGGACCGCCGGCAGGUGCGGGCUGGGGAGGGAGGCGGAGGGAGGGCGCGGCAGCGGGGUGAGGCGGUGACUAGAAAGUCACUGGAAGCUAUUUAAAAAAAAAAAAAUCUUUUUUAAAAUUUAUCUUACAAUCAUCAGGAAAGUUAAUUGCCAAUUAACUUUAUGGGAAGGAAUUAGAGUGGUAGUAAUCAUUUAAAAAAUACACUUUGUAUUUAUGCUCUUGUUUGAGCAGAAGUAAUAUUGCUUCCCUGCGUUUUAAACUUCAAUCUUGCCCCUAGUUACAAGAUUUUGUAUUAACCAAAAUGAACUGCUGCUCUGUAAAGCUGUAUUUUGUUAAAAGUCAGAACAUAUUUUCUCUUAUUUAUUAGUGUUCAUAAUAAAAUCAUACUAGAAAUAGCACACAAGUGAACCUUCUAUCUUCAAAAUCACUGAAAGAUAAUAUGACAUUUACUACCUGUGGUACAUAAUUAGACUUGCAUUCACUUCUGCAGUCAUUUAUUUCGGUUAUAGAAUGUGAUGAUUUUUGAGACAUGUUUGCUUUUUACUAAAAGAAGGAAAAUUGUGUGCUGAACUUUUUCUCUCUGUUGUCAGUUCCUCACAGGGUGUUAUUUCAGAUGAAGUACUGAAAUGUGCAAAAACAACUCCUUAUUCUGUUUAUGAAAUACAUAAUUAUCUAUUGAAAUAUUUGUGGUUUUUUAAAAAAAUAUUUUAUCAUUGCAAUUGAAAUUAUUUAUGAUAUUUCAUUAUUACUCCAUGGCACAAUUUUUAACUAUAACAUAAUUGCUCUAUUAAGCCAUCUGUAAUUAAUGCAUAAUAUUAAAGAUUAUC